AUGCCGCGGGGGAGGCAGCGGGAACGCGGCGGCGGCGGGCAGCAGCUGGUGCUGAGCAGAUUCUUCGGAGCGGCGGGGAGCGGCGGGCAGCAGGGCGCUGCCCGGCAGACGGCUUCUGAAUUCAGCACAAAAAGGAGAAUAUCAACUGAAAGCAGUGAACCCUGUGAAAAGAAGACCAAAGCACGACAAGUUACUCUAGAAGACAUCUGUAACCCGUUGAAGACUCAGGAUAAAAAAGAACCUCAGAAGUGUGAAAAGCCCCGUGUAUGUUUGCAAACUCUAGACAGACUGAGAGAAUUCUGCAGUGAUUCAGACCAGCAGUGUAACAGAGUCCAGGAGGAUAGUUUUCGGGAGAAAGAAUCUCUGAGUUUGGAAAAAUGUCCCAGUAUUAUUGGGAGAAGUUCAGAAUUGAAAAACCCUCUUCAGUCUGGGGACACUAGCCCAAAGGUUGCUCAGAAGGAGGAGUUACGCUGUGAUCUUAGUCAGUUUUCUGCAUCUCUCAAGUCUUAUGAAAAUACUCAAAAUACUUCAGAUACAAAUCUUAAUAAGAGAACCAAAAGCAUUUACACUCCACUAGAACUUCAAUUCAUAGAAAUGAAGAAACAGUAUAAAGAUGCCGUUUUGUGUGUGGAAUGUGGAUACAAAUAUCGAUUCUUUGGAGAAGAUGCAGAGAUUGCAGCUAAAGAACUGAACAUAUAUUGUCAUCAGGAUCAUAACUUUAUGACUGCCAGUAUACCGAGUCACAGACUGUUUGUCCAUGUGCGACGACUUGUAGCAAAAGGAUAUAAGGUUGGAGUAAUAAAACAAAUGGAAACUGCAGCACUGAAGGCUGCUGGAGAAAAUAAAAGCUCUCUCUUCAGCCGGAAACUGACUGCUCUCUACACAAAGUCUACGCUUAUUGGAGAAGAUGUGAACCCUUUGCUGAAGCUAGAUGAUUCUGUAGAUGUUGAAGAGGUAACAACAGAUGUCCCUGAUAACUACCUCCUCUGUAUCUGUGAAAAUGGAGAAAACUUAAAAGACAGGAAGAAGGGUGACAUUAUUAUAGGCAUUAUGGCAAUCCAACCAACUACCGGAGAAGUAAUUUUUGAUAGUUUUCGGGACUGUGCAUCUCGCUUGGAAUUAGAGAGUCGAGUUUUGCGCCUGCAGCCAGUUGAAAUACUACUUCCAUCUAUCUUGUCAGAACAAUCUGAAAAGCUCAUCAACAGUAUAACCUCCAUGAGGUUACGAGAUGACAGAAUUAGGAUAGAAAGGAUGGAAAACCUCCAUUUUGAAUACAGCCAUGCUUUCCAGCUGAUUACUGAUUUUUACGCAAAAGAAGUGCCUGAUACUACAGGUCCUCAAAAACUGUCUGUAAUACUAAGCUUGGAUAAGCCUGUUAUUUGCUCUCUGGCAGCAGUAAUUGCAUACCUCAAAGAAUUUAAUUUGGAAAGGACGCUUUACAAUCCAAGCAAUUUCAAACGGUUGUCAAGUGAAACUGAAUACAUGACAAUUAAUGGGACAACAAUGAAAAAUCUCGAAAUUUUACAGAAUCAGACUGAUCUGAAAACAAAAGGAAGCCUGCUCUGGGUCUUGGAUCAUACUAAAACUUCCUUUGGACGUCGGAAAUUGAAGAAAUGGGUAACCCAGCCCCUCAUGAAGUCCAGUGAAAUAAAUGCCCGGCUUGAUGCUGUGUCUGAAAUUCUACUGUCAGAAUCCAGUGUGUUUGGUCAGAUUCGAAAUCUUCUUUGUAAGCUGCCAGAUAUAGAGAGAGGCCUCUGCAGUGUUUUUCACAAAAAGUGCUCAACCCAAGAGUUUUUCUUGAUAGUCAGCACCCUGUCUCGUCUGGACUUGGAAAUUCAAGCUCUUGUUCCAGUCAUACAGUCUCAUGUGAAAACUCCUCUAUUACAAAAUGCACUGUUGGAAAUCCCAGAACUUCUCUCCCCAGUAAAACAUUAUUUAAAGAUCCUUAAUGAAGAAGCAGCCAAGACUGGAGAUAAAACCCAAUUGUUCAAGGACCUUACAGACUUCCCUGUCAUCAGAAAGAAAAAGGAGGAGAUCCUGGAUGUGCUUUCUAAAAUACAAUUGCAUCUGCUGGACAUUCGUAAACAGAUUAAGAAUCCUUCUGCAGAGUAUGUUACGGUUUCUGGUCAAGAGUUCAUGAUAGAAGUAAAGAAUUCCCAUAAAUCAUCUGUGCCAUCUGACUGGGUUAUGGUUAGUAGCACAAAAGCUGUCAGCCGUUUCCACUCUCCUUUUAUUAUAGAAAAUUACAGACAUCUGAAUCAGCUCCGGGAGCAGCUAGUCCUUGACUGCAGUGCUGAAUGGCUAAAUUUUUUAGACCAUUUUAGUGAACAUUAUCACCCUGUGUCUAAAGCGAUUGGUCACCUAGCAACUAUCGACUGUCUGUUCUCAUUGGCCCAGGUGGCUAAACAAGGAGACUAUUGCAGACCAACUGUGCAAGAUAAUCGGCGAGAAAUAAUUAUAAAGAAUGGGAGGCACCCUGUGAUUGAUGUACUGCUGGGAGAACAGGAUCAGUAUGUUCCAAAUACCACUAACCUUUCAGGAGAUGGUGAAAGGGUCAUGAUAAUAACUGGACCCAACAUGGGAGGAAAGAGCUCCUAUAUAAAGCAAGUUGCAUUGAUCACAGUCAUGGCACAGAUUGGUUCUUACGUUCCCGCAGAGGAGUCGACAGUUGGUGUUGUGGAUGGUAUUUUUACCAGAAUGGGCGCAGCAGACAACAUUUACAAAGGCCGAAGUACCUUUAUGGAAGAACUGACAGAUACUGCUGAGAUAAUAAGAAAAGCAACUUCAAGAUCACUAGUAAUUUUGGAUGAAUUGGGAAGAGGAACUAGCACACAUGAUGGAAUCGCUAUUGCUUAUGCUACACUUGAACAUUUUAUUAGAGAUGUGGAGUCACUGACACUGUUUGUCACUCACUAUCCCUCAGUUUGUGAGCUAGAGAAGGUGUAUCCAGAAAAAGUUGGUAAUUACCACAUGGCUUUCUUGGUAAAUGAGGAGGAAAGUGCUGAACAAAAAGGAUCUGAAGAUGAAGAGAAUCCUGAAUUUAUCACUUUUCUUUAUCAAAUAACUAAAGGAGUCUCUGCAAGGAGUUAUGGGCUGAAUGUUGCCAAACUGGCAGAUAUUCCUGAAGAAAUCUUGAAGAAGGCAGCUCACAAAUCAAAGGAGUUGGAGAGAAUAGUGAAUAUGAAAAGAAAAAAGCUAAAGUCCUUUGCUGAAGUAUGGAAGAUAGAUGAUUCUCAGGAACUACAAAAAUGGAAAAGUUUGUGUGAACCUGAAGAUGAAAGAAAGGACAGUUUUUAAUCCUCAAAUCGUGCUUAAAGAUGGAAAGAAUUGGAGAUGCAAAAUAUAGGUCUGGAAACUAACAGAUUCUAUCAGGGUGUAGUUCUAAAAACAUUAAGUUGACUUUUCUGCCUUUUGAGAGAUAAGAGAUGCUGCAUUGUGAUAUGAUGCCCCACAUCCACUUCCUGAUUGUAUGUAAUUUUCUUACUCCACAUUCCUUCCCUGAAGUGUCUUCCACCCUUUUCCUUAAUUGCAAAAUGUCUACUGGCAUUGGAUUUAGUUUCUAAUAUGUUCAGAAAACAUGAAAAAUUAUGUUGGUAAAUUAUUAGGUAAAUCUUUUAUAAAUAAAAUGUCUUUUAACUUUAUUGUACUUCAAUUUCUAAAGAAAUAUUCCUCUGUGUUGGGAAAAUGUAGCUGAGUCUUGACUAUGCUUUACUGCUGUGCAAUUGGUAAAAAUAAAGAGACUUUUUUUUUUUUGUUCUAGUAUUAAUGCAUUUAAAAUUCACUGGUUUUCUAGAGCACCCCCUAAAUUUUAUGUGUACAGUGAAUUUAAGAAAGUGUGUGUUAUGUGGCUGGAUAGGAGAGUUUCGUUGCUACAGAUGAGAUUGAUGAUGGUGCAACUAGUAGUUUU